GUGAACUGAGUACUGACCUCAUGAUUUCAUCGACCCGCGUGCAGUUAUGCGUGUCCCUCCAGAUCCCCGCCCUUCCGCCUUUGUUGCUCGACUUCUUCUAAUGUUCUGGCAAUUCCUCGCUCCUGUUAAACUUUUUCCACUUUUUUACUUUCCUUUAUCUUGUUUUGGUCGCUUCACUCACUACGCCAGCCACCUGCUACAAAGCCAAUCUGUCAAUUUCUGAGCCACAACUUCGGAUUGCUCAACUUGCGAAGAUGGACGACAAGACAAACUACAUCACGGAGGACUACAGGGAGAGCAGCGACAUAGAAGAGAACCCCAACAGAGUGAUUUCAGCCACUGGGGAUAUCAUUCUCGUCGUCGGGGCUCCUGAUUCCGAGGAUCAACAGCUCCGUCUCAGAGUUCAGUCGGCCAUCCUUCGAGAGGCGUCUACGGUCUUCAGGGCAAUGCUUUCCCCGCCUUGGAUCGAAAGUAAGGGGAUUUCUGCCGAAAACCCGAAAGAGAUUCAUCUUCCGGAAGAUGACCCUGAAGCCAUGGAGACUGUUUGUCUAGCACUCCACUUCCUCAACAACGACGUGGAUCCCGAAACAUCUGGGUUGAUGAUGCUCCAUGUUGCCAUUCUAAUUGACAAGUACGAUUUGAUGAAUGCGAUGCACUUUGUUAUCACCACGUGGUUUCAGCAGCCCAAACAGCAUCGAACCCCGGAAGACGCAAUGUACCGCAUUGCGGCAGCAUGGGUUCUCCAGAACGAAGACUUCUUUGCGAUAAACACCUGGAUUGUCAUGGUCACUCAUCACAGCUCUUACGCCGACUUUGCUACCUUGAAGCUACUCAAAGAUACAUUGCCUCCUCGGCUGUUUGUCCUGCUGACGGAGCGAACGGCUUAUCUUCGAUCACGUAUUCUCGAUGCGAUAUUCAAGGAAACUGGUUACAAAAAGGCGGAUACUAGAUUAAGUACUGACUGUAACUGCACUUGGAAGAGAUCCCUUCAGGACCGAUUCAGGAAAAUUUGGCACUCAUUUAACGAUGAGUCACCCAGGCCCGAGGAUUCCUGGACGACUCCCCAUUUCUCAAUCCUGGAGAUGAUCGAGAGAUUGAAGCCGCUCGCCGACGAACAAAGAGCCUUCCGGAGCGGAUGGUGUGUCGACAAGCAAGCCAGACACGUUGAGAAUACUCCUAUUGAAUUGGGCCUUGAUACCUCUACCAUAUACCAAAGGCUUCCGGGGUGGACCGAAAACGAGACGAGCCUCUGUCUGUGGUGUGUGCGAGACGAAGACUUGAGUGAUCGCUUUAGUCCUUGCAUCCACUGGGAUGGCAGAUCCGACGAUGAUGACCAUCCUCGGCUCUCUGCAAUGAACCUGUUGGGGAUACGGUGGGGUAGGAGCUGGAUGGUGUUUCUUAUGCCGAUAAUGGCCAUGAUUGGUUUGAUGAGGAGCAUGACGGUCGCUGAGGCCGUGAGGCGGGAGGCUGGUCGUAGUUUUGGUCGUUGGCGAAACGAAGGCAGUCGUUAA